AUGGAUGGAAAUGCGCCAAGAGGGCGCAUGAAUCUCGAAUCCUCCUCCGUCUUUGGCCGCAACUUGUUGGAAGUCAACAAUCACGACCUCCCAACUCAGCACUCGCUCUUUCCCACAAACACUCUCGGUCUUUGCACUGCUCUAGAAGUAGACAUGGGCUUCACAACUGGCUUCAUCGGCGGCAUCGCUCUCACAUCGUCCCUCUUCUACAUCUCUCUAAAUCUGCACGAGCGCAAUCGUCUAUACCAAUCACAUCUUUUACGUCAACAAUCAAAUCUCUUGCGCAACAUCACAGAUCCACAACCAAAGGAGCCUUCACAAACUGCCCGUCAUCUGGUUCCUGGCCUCGCCGAUCGUCUCAAGUAUCGCUGGAACACCGAGUUGGAAGCUGCUGUAAGGAAGAUCCAACACUUUGAUUACGAGCAAUGGAGGAGGGAGGCCGAGGACAAGGUUUCUGCUGUCUUCAGCAAAGGUCUCGGCAGUGCUGUUGAUGAGGCUGAGAAGAAGACAUCCUGA